AUGCCUAGUAACCCUCGCCUCCCAUCUACAACUUCAAAGCUCCAAAGCUUGCUCAUUCCGCGCCCUCCCCGCGUCUCUAUUCUUCCGCUCCAAUCUGUCUGGCAACCUGCCAGGUUUCCCACCCCUGGCAAUGUGAGAGCCCGCCUCAACAGUUCUCUAGGUCAAGAAUGGAAGGGUUCCUCGCCCGACGAGCAUGCGGUGAAGAGAACGAAGCAAAACGGUGAUACGACAGAUCCUCAGGCAGAAUCUUCCGCUUCGGGGCUGCAGGAAAAAGAAGAAAGCUCGAACAUCGCAGAUGAAACCAAGCAGCAGGGAGUGACGGAGAGGGAAGGUCUCAAGCAUGAGCGUCAAGCUAAAAAGGAACACCCUAAGGCGCCGGAACCGAUAAUCGGCAUGAAUGAUGAAAGAGCUCAGGUGAGUGCUACCGGAUCAGCGGAUAUUGUUGUUGUCGGUAAUGUUUCAGCUGGCUAA